CCAUAUUCGAGCUAUGGCAUGAUAUAGUGAGUAGUAGGGUAAGGCAGUCUUCAAUUCUCAAUUUGCAUCAUACAUCCAUCAAAAGAUGGAUCUCAUUUCUUCGCUUUGGGAACUCGACACUGCGGAACGAGCCGACGCAUACCUAGCCAGCCUCGCCAACCCAAUCCGCCUCCAAAACUUCAUUGAAAAUGAUUAUUCAGAGCAUUCGGAGCCCAGUAACUGGGUCGACUCAUUCAACCCUCGAACUGGGGAGGUAUUGGUACAGGUUCCUCGCAGUGCGCUACCUGACGUCGAUCGUGCCGUGGAUGCUGCCUCACGAGCGUUCCCGACGUGGUCGCGAACCUCGCGACAAGAGCGUUCGGAAGUUCUCCUUCGAAUCACCGCUAUCUUGAGUGAGAAAAAGGAAUUAUUCGCUUUCUGGGAGAGCUUGGAUCAGGGGAAGACACUCAGUCGUGCUCGUGUGGAGGUCGACCGCGCGAUUUCUAAUUUCCGAUACUUUGCAACCUACAUUCUCCAUGAAGAAGGUGCCGUUCGCUAUGUUGAUGGUCCAAGGUCCACGAUGACUUAUGAGCAUCGGUCGCCGGCGGGUGUUUUCGCUUUAAUCUCGCCUUGGAACAUGCCCCUCUAUCUCCUGACUUGGAAGAUUGCUCCUUGCAUUGCAUUCGGAUGUACUGGGGUGGCAAAGCCUAGUGAAGUGACUAGCAUGACGGCAUUCUUGCUUGGAGAGGUCUUCCGACAGGCAAAACUCCCGCCUGGCGUGAUGAAUAUUAUCUUUGGAGACGGACCCGGUGCGGGCUCAGCUCUCGUCAAGUCUGAUCGUGUUCGAGGAGUCUCAUUCACUGGUGGUACGGCUACGGGAAUCCGCAUUAGACAGGAUACGGUGGCCGACAUUGGCAAGCACCUGUCACUGGAACUGGGUGGGAAAAAUCCAACAUUGAUUUUUGAUGAUGUUGAUCUAGCCGAGGCUGUUCCACUUGCUGCACAGGCUGCAUUUGAAAAUAGCGGACAGAUUUGCCUCUGUGGUUCUCGGAUAUACGUCCACCGCGUGAUCUACGAAAAUUUCCUGUCGACGUUUGUAGAUUAUGUCCAGAAGAACUACCGCUGUGGAGAGACUAUUGGGCCGGUGGUCUCGAGGGAGCAUUAUACCAAGAUCUCAUCCUAUCUCAAACAAGCCAAGGAGGAAAGAGCAGAGUUUCUCACCGGUGAUGUUCCAUCAGAAGUGGCCCAGCAGGGCUUCUGGGUUACUCCAACCGUGUUAAGUCGCGUACGACCCGACAGUCGCAUUAUGCGGGAAGAGAUAUUUGGACCGGUCGUUACAGUCUCUCCUUUCGACACGGAGGAAGAGGCUAUUGAGCUGGCAAAUGAUAAUCCAAACGGGUUAGCCAGCAUUCUCAUGACCAAGGACCUCUCCCGGAUGCGCCGAGUCGGAGAGCGGAUUGAUGCCGGAUUGGUAUGGGUCAAUUGUUGGCUGGUACGAGAACUUGGCACGGCAUUUGGGGGCAUGAAAGCAUCCGGUAUUGGUCGUGAGGGAGGUGCUCAAAGCCGUGAUGUGUUUACCAAUUUGCGAACUCUUCAUGUCCGAUAAGUAGCACUUUCUCGGACGACGGGACGGAUCGGAUGUCGGGUACAACAGACAAGAGGAGGGAGAAGACUUGGAGACCAUUCACCGAUUAUUUUCCAACCUUAGUUUCAUGCUUACUAAAUCAUAAGAAGUUUAACGCAGAGAUUAACUAGGAAACUGUCUAAGA